AAGGGGAUUAAAUUAGAAGAGUGUUUAAAAUUGCAGUAUCUUGACGCAACGUUGGGUGCGGGAAGUGGUUCGGAACACUACGAGACAAGUUGUUUGCAUGCUGUGAAUCAAGCGAUUGGACGUGCGAUCAGACAUCGAAAUGAUUACGCUGCGAUUAUUCUCAUUGAUUCGCGAUAUUCAAAACCAAAUAUUGAAAAAGGUCUACCGACUUGGAUAUCGUCACGUUUGAAGCACUGUAAAAAUUUUGGUGAAUUGAUCACUCAACUUUCGACAUUCUUUAAAAUGCGCAAACAACUUUCAUUAUCACCAUAA